AUGCCUCCACAAGCUCCCGACCCAACGCAUACAGGUCUGCCCCGCGCGCACGUCUUCAUCACAGCUCUGGCAGCCGUAUGCGCCAUCAACAGACCACCACCAGGCGUGGUGUGGGACGCGGGACAAUGGCUCGUUGCGCUGUUGAAGCUGCUCGAUCUCGAUCGCGAGGCCCUCCCAACCGACGUGCCGCCCGAGGACGUCGCCAAGGUCGCCGCCGAGCGGGACAGCUGGAGCAUCAAUGAGCAGGACGCAAUGGCACGAGCGCUAGUACAAGCGGCUCUGGCGCCGCAGGAGGGCGAGGGCAAGCCAAAGGUAGCGUAUACGCCUGAUGCGCGUGCGGCUGCGCACAGCACACUUGAGCUCCUCGGUCUCGAUGCCGGCGUACUACUCCCCCGUGCUGAGGUUGCGCUCGCGACAAUGCUGGCGGCGGUGGCGAAUGGUGAUGCUGUGGAUGAGGCACGUAAGAAGCAGCGGGAUGGGUGGGGCGGUGCGCUUGGACGCGGUUUGGCGACCGCAGGCGGAUUUCUAGUGGGUGGCGUUCUCCUUGGCGUCACGGGUGGGCUGGCUGCGCCCGCCAUUGUUGCCCUCCUCGCUCCUCUCGGCCUUGGGGCCGCGUUGUCCGGAAUCGCCGCUCCCGUCGUUCUCGGUACCCUGUUUGGCUUGACUGGCGGGGGGCUUGCGAGUCGACGCGUUUCGCAGCGCUGGCGCGGUAUCGACGAGUUCAGCUUUGUUGAGGUCGGCGCGAACAGCAAGCCGACAAAGGACGAGAUCGACGAUAUGAAGGUGCGUGGGGCCAAGUCGGAGGAACCUGAGGAGCCAGAGUCCGAGCUGCUCUUCCAGGCACCCGAAGACGAUGAUGCAGCCGCGCGGCGUGAGGUCACGCGCAGUCGUAGGGAGCUCCGAGAUCGACUACAGCAGCUCUCGAUCAAUGCAGGCACGGAUAAGAAGGAGGUUGCCAAGACGCCACCCGACACGCCCGAUGUCCGCGCCGAGCUUAAGGAUAAGAUGCCAAGCCUGACUGCCACGAUUGUGGUUCCAGGUCUGCUGACCAUCUCACGCAUGGAGGCAAUCAGUGCGUGGCGCUCCAUCUGCUCGCGCGAGGCAUCGCUCCCGUUCACGCCGCGCAAGCCUGUCGAGCCCGCGGGCGAGGGGGGCGAGGGCGCUACCACGGGUCUUAAAGAUGGCCGUGACGUAUACGUCCUGCGCUACGAGACGGAGAUUAUGCUGUCGACUGGACGUGACCUCGAGUCUUGGGUCAUGACAAAGGUCAAGAGCAUUGCGGCUACCGAGGUGGUGAAGCGCACAAUGUUGAGCGCGUACUAUCUAGCCAUCGCGCUACCUCUCUCCGUGUACAAGCUGUCAACAUUAGCACUGGACAAUUCAUUCACAAGUUGCCAGAAUAAGAGCAUCAAGGCCGGCCGCCUCCUAGGUGAGGUCCUCGCACAACGCGUACAGGGUGAGCGGCCUGUGUCACUUAUCGGCACCUCUGUUGGGGCUCUCACUGUCCUCCACGCCCUCCUAUACCUGUCCGAGCAAGAUCAGCCGCAUCUCAUCGACUCGGUGUUUCUCGUCUCGCUUCCGUCGGCUCCAACCACGGCCGAAUGGUCGGCGGUGCGAAGCGUGACAGCUCGCCGGGUUGUCAAUGCGUGGUGCGGGAGUGACUUUGUUCUCGCUUCCGUGGUAAGACUGCACGAAGUCCUCUCGCGCGGUGUCACGGGCAAGAACGGUGUGUGUGUCGCGGGGUUGGGGCCUGUGCAGCAGCCUGGGGUUGAGGACAUGGACCUCAGCGACGUGUUGGACGGGCACAGCGAGAUCAACACCAAAAUGGGCGAAGUUUUGCAGGUAUUGGAGAUUGACGACUAG